GGCCGGGAGCUGCCCGCGAGGGGGAGCGGCCGGCGGCAGCGCGACUCGUCCCGGGGGUGGGGCCGGCGCGGUGGCCCGAGGAGCCGAAGGCGGCGGCGGCGGCGGCGGCGGCGGCGGCGGCGGCGGCGGCUGCAGCCUCGAACCCGGCCCGAGCGCAGGGCGCCGCGGCUCCCGCUCCGCUCCGCUCCCGCUCCCCCUCCGCUCCGCUCCCCCUCCGGGGCGCCGGCCCAUGGCGGCCGCGGGGCGGCUGUGGCUGCUCUACCUGUCGGCGGGGCUCCUGCCCCGGCUCGGCGCCGCCUUCAACCUGGACACCCGCGAGGACCAUGUGAUCCGGAAAGCUGGGGAGCCCGGGAGCCUCUUCGGCUUCUCGCUCGCCAUGCACUGGCAGCUGCAGCCCGAGGACCGGCGGCUGUUGCUUGUGGGGGCCCCUCGGGCGGUGGCCCUUCCGCUGCAGAGGGCCAACAGAACUGGAGGCUUGUACAGCUGUGACAUCACCUCCCCAGGGCCUUGCACACGGAUUGAAUUUGACAACGACGCUGACCCUUCAUCAGAAAGCAAAGAAGAUCAAUGGAUGGGGGUCACCGUGCAGAGCCAAGGUCCAGGGGGCAAAGUUGUGACAUGUGCUCACCGAUAUGAAAAAAGGCAACAUGUUAAUACAAAGCAGGAAUCCCGAGAUAUCUUUGGAAGGUGUUACGUCCUGAGUCAGAAUCUCAGGAUUGAGGAUGACAUGGAUGGAGGAGACUGGAGUUUUUGCGAUGGCCGAUUGAGAGGCCAUGAAAAAUUUGGUUCUUGCCAGCAAGGAGUAGCAGCUACUUUUACUAAAGACUUCCAUUACAUUGUGUUUGGAGCCCCGGGCACUUAUAACUGGAAAGGCAUUGUUCGUGUAGAGCAAAAGAAUAACACUUUUUUUGACAUGAACAUCUUUGAAGAUGGGCCUUAUGAAGUUGGUGGAGAGACCGACCAUGACGAAAGUCUAGUUCCUGUUCCCGCUAACAGUUACUUAGGCUUUUCUUUGGACUCAGGAAAAGGUAUUGUCUCUAAAGAUGAGAUCACUUUCGUGUCUGGUGCUCCAAGAGCCAAUCACAGUGGAGCUGUGGUUUUGCUAAAAAGAGACAUGAAGUCUGCACAUCUUCUCCCUGAGUACAUUUUUGACGGGGAAGGUCUGGCUUCAUCAUUUGGUUAUGACGUGGCAGUGGCGGACCUUAACAAAGAUGGGUGGCAGGAUAUAGUUAUUGGAGCCCCACAGUAUUUUGAUAGAGAUGGAGAAGUUGGAGGAGCUGUGUAUGUUUACAUUAACCAGCAAGGGAGGUGGAAUAAUGUCAAGCCAAUUCGUCUUAAUGGAACCAAAGAUUCCAUGUUUGGCAUUGCAGUAAAAAAUAUUGGUGAUAUUAAUCAAGAUGGCUACCCAGAUAUUGCAGUUGGAGCUCCUUACGAUGAUAUGGGGAAGGUUUUUAUCUAUCAUGGAUCCCCGAAUGGCAUAAACACCAAGCCAACACAGAUCCUUGAGGGUAAAUCCCCUUAUUUUGGAUAUUCAAUUGCUGGAAAUAUGGACCUUGAUAGAAAUUCCUACCCUGAUGUCGCUGUUGGCUCUCUCUCAGAUUCAGUAACCGUGUUCAGGUCCCGGCCUGUGAUUAAUAUUCAGAAAACGGUCACCAUAACACCUGACACGAUUGACCUCCGCCAGAAAACGUUAUGUGGGGCGCCUAGCGGGAUAUGCCUCAAGGUGAAGGCCUGUUUUGAAUACACUGCCAAACCCACAGGUUACAAUCCUUCGAUAUCAAUUUUGGGCACACUGGAGGCUGAAAAGGAGAGAAGAAAAUCUGGGCUGUCAUCAAGAGUUCAGUUUCGAAACCAAGGCUCUGAGCCCCGGUACACUCAGGAGCUGACUCUGAACAGACAGAAGCAGAAGGCCUGCAUGGAGGAAACCCUGUGGCUCCAGGAAAACAUCAGAGAUAAACUGCGUCCCAUUCCCAUAACUGCUUCAGUAGAGAUCCAAGAGCCAAACACGCGAAGGAGAGUGAAUUCGCUUCCAGAAAUUCUUCCAAUUCUGAAUUCAAACGAACCCAAGACAGUUCACAGAGAUGUGCACUUCUUAAAAGAGGGAUGCGGAGACGACAACAUAUGUAACAGCAACCUUAAACUGGAAUAUAAAUUUUGUACCCGAGAAGGAAGUCAGGACAAAUUUUCUUAUUUACCAAUUCAAAAAGGUGUCCCAGAACUAGUUCUGAAAGACCAGAAGGACAUUGCUUUAGAAAUAACGGUGACAAACAGCCCUUCCAAUCCAAGGGACCCCACGAAGGACGGAGAUGACGCUCAUGAAGCCAAACUCGUGGCAACCUUCCCGGACACUCUGACUUACUCGGCGUACAGAGAACUGAGGGCUUUCCCUGAGAAGCAGCUGAGUUGUGUUGCCAACCAGAACGGCUCACAAGUGGACUGUGAGCUUGGAAAUCCUUUUAAAAGAAAUUCCAGCGUGACUUUUUAUUUGAUUUUAAGUACAACUGAGGUCACCUUUGACACCACAGACCUGGAUAUUAAUCUGAAGUUGGAAACAACAAGCAAUCAAGAUAAUUUGGCUUCAAUUACAGCUACGGCAAAAGUGGUUAUCGAACUGCUUUUAUCGGUCUCAGGAGUUGCUAAACCUUCCCAGGUGUAUUUUGGAGGUACAGUUGUCGGUGAGCAAGCUAUGAAAUCUGAAGAUGAGGUGGGAAGUUUGAUAGAGUAUGAGUUCAGGGUAAUUAACUUGGGUAAACCUCUGAAAAACCUCGGCACAGCAACCUUGAAUAUCCAGUGGCCAAAAGAAAUUAGCAAUGGAAAAUGGUUGCUCUAUUUGGUGAAAGUCGAGUCCAAAGGAUUGGAGAGGAUAGCUUGUGAGCCACGGGGUGAGAUAAACUUCCUGAAACUAAAGGAGUCUCACAACUCAAGAAGGAAACGGGAAAUUGCUGAAAAACAGAUAGAGGAUAGCAGAAAGUUUUCCUUAUUUGCUGAAAGAAAAUAUCAGACCCUUAACUGCAGCACGAAUGUGCGCUGUGUGAACAUAAGCUGCCCGCUGCGAGGGCUGGACAGCAAGGCCUCUGUUGUUCUGCGCUCGAGGUUAUGGAACAGCACGUUUCUAGAGGAAUAUUCCAAAAUGAACUACUUGGACAUUCUCGUGCGGGCUUCCAUUGACGUAGCCGCCGCUGCCGAGAAUAUCAAGCUGCCGAAUGCUGGCACUCAGAUUCGUGUGACUGUGUUUCCCUCAAAGACCGUAGCUCAGUAUUCAGGAGUACCUUGGUGGAUCAUCCUAGUGGCUAUACUUGCUGGGAUUUUGAUGCUUGCUCUCUUAGUGUUUAUACUAUGGAAGUGCGGAUUCUUUAAACGCUCUAGGUACGAUGAUAGCGUUCCCCGAUACCAUGCUGUGAGGAUCCGGAAGGAAGAGCGGGAGAUCAAAGAUGAAAAAUACAAUGAUAACCUUGAAAAAAAACAGUGGAUCACAAGUUGGAAUGAAAAUGAAAGCUACUCUUAAAAGGGGCCAAAAAAAAAAAAAAAAAAAAAGCUUCACAGUACCCAACUGCUUUUCCCUCGCCAGCUCAGAAGUCUCAGUGGACCCAAGAGCCUGCUCUGUACCUGAAUGUUCAUUUCAGACAGGACGACGCACAGUACGAACUUAGCUUUCACUGUGGAUCUUGUCCUGUAGCCCGAGGCUCCGGGUUUGCACAACCAAAUUUAAGACUGUUGGAAUGGAGUUUUCUUUACCUGCCUUAAUUUGACUUUGACUUUCCGGGGUUGCCUUUGUUCUCGGUGUAGCUGACCUCCCCGUGCGGGAAGGGCCUGCCCAGCGUAGCUGAAGUGAAGGAGGCGCCCAGUCGCUGCCCGAGCGAGUGCCCACCCACCCCGGGCACUGUCUCUGCACCCAUCCUUCCCGUAGGACUGGAGAGCCUGCAAGCUAACUGUCCCGCAUCACCGGACUAUGCCGUCGCCGUAGUUGUAUUUCAGUUCGAAGUGCUAUCUUAAGUUAAAUGUGCAAUAGGUGACGUUGCCAUCCUGCCAUCUUUCCCCAUUUCCUAGAUGUGUGAGUACUCAUCACACCAGAUAACAUACAGGUUUCACUUCUCUGUUCACUGAAACACAUAGGUGCAAAAGACUUGAAUGCUAGUUAUACUUACUUGUAUAUCGUAUUUAUUUUUUCUUUUUUACAAACCAUUUUGUCAUUGACAGGCCAAAGAGUCUCCCGUUUACCCUCCCAGUUGGAUUAAACAAUCAGAAUUAGAACAUGGGAGGUCAUUGGUUUGAAUUUAGUGCAAAAAAAAAAUAAAGCUAAUCCUUUAUAAGUUAUUAUAUCUCCCUUCAUGAUAGCCGUCAUCCCUUUCCUCCGACCCAAACUUUGGGUUUAAGUGAAAGUCUAUUAAGAAAUAGGAUUUAACCAUAAGAUGUUUAAUUAUAUCAGACAGCGGAUAUUUCUGAGGGUAGAACCCUGUGUGACCUCCUGCAUUUUUGUGCUGUAACUUUCAAGAAUGCUUGGAAACAAUGGGUUUGUUGAACUUUGGUGCAGCGUAGGCCCUGCUGCAAAUACUGUAUCAUCAGGACUUGAAAGAAAGGGUUGGUGCCUAUGGUGGAUCCAAACCGAUCCAGUGUGAGACUACUGAGUAUCUGAUACCAAAGUCAGGACAUCAUGGCUUUUAUGUUUUUAAAUGUUAUUGGAAUCAUUUAAUCAGUGAGUCAAUGUUGGUUUUUUUUUUUUUUUUUUUUUUUUUUUUUUUGCUUUGUUUCCUUCCUUAUCUAUAUUCCCCAAAAUUACUAAAUUACUUUGGGACUGUGCUAACUGCAUGGUUUUAAUUAUAAAAAUGAAGUAGCAGAGGAGGAAAACAUUUCUAUACAUACAACAGAGAUUGGGUAGGUAAUCUGAAUUUUAAAAAAUGUUAAGUUAUAUGGGAAAUAAUAGCAAACAGGUGCUAAUUUGGAUCUAGUAUAAGCAGCAUCUCAAUCUUUCAGAAGAACAAAAUACAACUGUAUUUGUGUGUCGCUGUUGCUUUGGAGCUUUUUUUUUUUUUCUUUUCAGAAAUCGUAUGCCCUUAAGAUAGUAAGGACAUUCUCCUUGAACUUUGGAAUUUUCAUUCACAAAGAUAUUUUUACAAUUGAUACUUUGUUUACAAAAAUUUCUCCAAAACAGGUCAUAGUAGCCUUUGAAAUCUCAGUUCCUUGCUUAGGUAACUUGUAACCAAAUGCACUGGCUUUAUAGGUUGCCAAGCAGCUGAUAUUUUGAAAGUGUCUAUAGACCUUUGUUAUAAAAAAAAGAAAAAAGAAUAUCCUAAAAGGGAAGGAAGGGUGGUUCAGCAACAAAGAAUGUAGUGGUGUUUAUUUUGAAAAGCGUCAUCUCAAGUCAAGUCACUGGUCUGUUUGCAUUUGAUACAUUUUAAUACUAACUAGCACUGUAAAAUUAUUUCAUGAUUAGAAAAUACCUGUGGAUAUUUGUAUAAAAGUGUGAAAUAAAUUUUUUUAUGAAAGUGUUUAUUGCUUAGUAACACAAGCUCUCAAAUUAUAAAUAACCUGAAUUGCUUUCUUAUUUCAUGGAGCCAACCAAACUCAAGUUUUUUAUAUUUUUUAUGUGAUUGAAGGUUUUCUUUCUUCCUUUGGGCUCUACUGUUCAGUUGAUAUCAUAAAAAAAAAAAUCUUACAAGAUGGUUUUAUUCAAGAUACCUACAAAUAAUACCAUGGUGUGAAGAGUAAGAGUUCUUAUGGCAAAGUUGCUUUCUUCUUAGAUGUUUUGGAUGUGAGAGCAGUUCGGCUGUGCCAUUACUCAUCACCAAGGAUUGCUUUGGCAGAGCUGACUGGCCUGAAAAUAUUUUCUUCAUGAAAGCAAUUUUAUGAACCUUCUCGAGUUGGAUUAUCACAAUCUAAUAAAUGAAAAUAAGGCAUCUAUGUAGUGCUCAGAUAAUAUAGCAUGCCAUGGCCUUGAAUAAAUUUUCAAGGCAAAAAAUGCAUUAUCUGUCAAGUAAUAGUUUUCUACUGUACUUGGUAUCACAUAGUGAAUUUUAGUCAUCUUCGUUCUUUGAAGACAAGACAGGUUUUACCACCCAAAGAAAUCUGAGGGGUACUUUUAAAUGACAGACCAGUGGCUAUGAACCUUUAUUCACAGUCCCAUGGACCUACCCAGAUUAAUGGUUGGUGUGGAAUUGCCAUUACAAGUGUCAGCAGCUGUGGUUUGGCUAGAGCAUAAAUGACCUGCGCUGGAUAUCAUGGCGAUGUUUUAUAGGAUUCUACUCCUUUUUCUUUUAAAAAAUCCUAGGAGUGACAGUAGUAGAUAAACAGGAAUACCCUUGGAUCCACUGACAAACAUUAACAUUUUGUUGAUUAUGGGUCACUUGCCACAGUCUCACAAUGGGCCAUGCCCUUGGGGUUGAGGCUGUUCUGCAUAUGGAGCAGAUGUAAGGGUAAGGUCAAGUGUUCUACCCUAAAUGAACACCACUUAAUAAGAACUGAUAUCUGGUACACUAACUCAUGAAAAGACAAUGUGGGAAGAUGGACUGGGAUUUUAUUUAAAGGAAGAAGAGUGAACUGCUCCAGGUGGCUGGGUUCCACAGAAGUACAACCUGACGGCCGAGAAACCAGGAAUGUAUGAAAAUUGUAAUCAGGAGGGGGAGCAUAAAGUAAAUGAUUAAAAGCAGUUCCUUAAGACCAAAGGGUAGGGUCUAAUGGUUCACCCACUGAGGAAAAGGCAAGGUCCAAAGAGAUGAAGAAAAUGAACUUCAGAACGAUUUCAAAACAGUAGCUACCACAAAAAAGCCAGUAGGCCUCUGUUCUUUCAGUAAGUAGUUCCUACUUAUGGUCAAAUGGCAAGUUAGUGCUUUCUUUCUCUUAUUCCUUUAAAAAAAAAAAAAACAAAAACAGGUUCUGCCAACUUUGAAAGGCAUCUGGCCCAGUGCUGAGGCCAGAUCCACAGAGGCGUUAACCAACAGACCCACCCAGAAGGAAGGUGAUAAAGGGAUUCCAUGGUUAAAUCCUCUAAUAAGUGAAUCUGAAGACAGAAACCAGAAUGAGAAAAAACUGGCCUAGCACAGUGCAAAGGGGGAGGCAGGUGCAACCGAAUGCAUAACCGACCAGGGAAUGCUGAACUAGGACACUAGAGUGAGGCGUCCAAGUGCAAUUUUUGUAGAGUCCGCAGAGCUUAAGGGCCUCAGUCCUCUCUUUGCCCUUCCCCAGAAGCCAGCUCUCAGACUGUUCCAUGGAAAUGGGCAAGGACAGACCCACAUGAGCAGAGGUCAGAUAAAACUACUUACUAUUCAUACUUCUAGAACAUUCACAAAAAAAGUCUCAAACUACAAGGAUGGCAAGUACUUCAUCAUCCAGAACUUAGCAGAUAAUAUUGAGUGCUCUGUUAAGAUCUUGUCACUGUAAGGGGCGCUGGGGUAGCUUAGAUACUCUUGGCUGAGUGUCUGACUCAUGGUUUUGGCUCAGGUCACAAUCUCAGGGUCCUGGGAUCCAGCCCAGUGUCGGGCUCCACACUCAGCAGGGAAUCCGCUUAAGAUUCUCUCUCCCUCCCUCUGCCCCUACCCCAUGCUCACUGGCGUGCUCUCUCAAAUCAAUGUUAAAACAAGAUCUAUCACUGUGAAAUGGAGACAAAUGCAGUUUAAUAACUAAUAGAUGAAUAAGCAUGUGGUACAUGUGUUCUAUGGUCUAUUACUCAGCCAUAAAAAAAUUUUUUUUCCAUUUGAGACGACACAGAUGGACCUAGAGGGCAUUACGUUAAGUGAAAUAAGUCAAAGACAAAUACCGUAUGAUUUCCUUUAGAUGUAGAACAUAAAAAAGCAGAAAGAGACCCAUAAAUACAGAGAACUGACAGUUGCCAGAGGGGAGGGGGGUGUGGAGAGGAAACAAAGUAGUGAAGGGGAGUGGGAGGUGCACGCUCUCAGUUUUGGAAUGUAUAAGUCUCAGAAAUGAAAGAUGUAGCCAAUAAUACUGUAAUAGCAUUUUAUGGUGAUAAAUGGCAGCUACACUUGUGUUGAACACACAUAAUGUAUGUAUAUAGUUGUCUAAUUACUAUGUUGUACACCUGUAACUAAUGUAGCACCGUGUGUUAACUGCACCUUAAUAAAGAAACAAGGGGCACCUGGCUGGCUCAGUC